GUGGUCUGCGAUUUUUCGGAGAGUAAACUCCAUCAGAAUAAACAUUCAAAAACAAAGAUGGUAGAAGGGCGUUUUAAUAUUUUAGCUAAAGUAUUGAUUGGUAAUGCCAUUUGCACCUUAGAUAAACAUGUUAAAGAAUCUUCGGAGAAAAGCGCCAGAAAAGGAUAAGUUGGGAAGCGAUUUGUUUAAGUUUUUUAAGCUAUGUGAACAUGGGUUUCCUCACAAACCUAGUGCCAUUGCAUAUGAUUCAAAACUUAAGCUGUUAGCUAUUGGAACACAAAGUGGAUAUUUAAAACUAUUUGGUGACACUGGUGUGGAAAUAGUAGCACAAGAGAGCUCUUCAACUUUGAAAUGCAUAGUUCAGUUAUAUUUUAUUGAAGAACAGGGUCGGCUUGUAAGUGUAUGUGACAAUGGAGAAACUAAUUCGUUACAUCUUUGGGAAAUUAAUACUACUGGGGAACAAUCCAUUCUUGAAGAAGUUAAAGCUUGUGUGAUAGAAGGACGUUUAAAAAAAAUUUCUGUAUGUUUUCUAUCAAUGGCACGAGAUUGUUUAUAUAUUGGAACUGAAGGAGGUCAUAUAUAUGUUCUAGAUUUAAGUUCUUUUGAACUACGAGAACAUGUUAUAUAUCAAGAUGUUGUGAUGGAUAGUUUAUCAGAUGAAAUGUCGAAAGCUAAUGGUGGAUCUGUUGAAGCAAUAAAAGAACAUUCUUCUAAUCCAGAAAAAUUACUUAUUGGUUAUAAAAAAGGAACAAUUGUACUUUGGAACUUAGAAAAAAAUGUAGUCGAAGAGAGUUUUGUUGCUUCUCAAGAUGUAGAGAGUAUAUCUUGGAAUUAUGGGAGUGUUACUCAGUUUGUUAGUGCUCACGAAUAUGGAAAUCUCUCAUUUUGGAGUUUACCAGUAGAAAAUGUUGAUGCUGCCUUACAAGAAACAACUACACCUUUUGGACCUUUUCCAUGCAAAGCAGUUCGCAAAGUUGAAUGGUAUGAUGAAACAAUAAUAUUUUCUGGUGGCUUACCUCGAGCUAGCUAUGGUGACAAACAUUGUGUUUCAUUGUAUGAAAACAAAUGCGUUAAAAUUGUUUUUGAUUUUACAUCAAAGCUUGUAGAUUUUCUUACCAUUCUGGAUGAAAACAACAAUCCAGCAGUACUUAUUGUUUUAUGUGAAGAAGAAGUUGUUUUUAUUGAUAUUCAAAAACCAGACAGUUAUCCUGUUUACUUGAAACCAUAUUUAGCAUGUAUUCAUUCUUCAACUAUAACAUGUUCAACACACAUAUCUAAUUGUCCUGCAUCUUUAUGGGAUUUCAUUGUCCAAGCUGGUAAAAAUCAAUCAACAGGUUGUGUUUCUGAAAAAAAAUGGCCAAUCACUGGUGGGAAGUGUUUGAAUACAGUAAAACAGAAUAAUGACCUUAUGUUAACAGGUCAUGAAGAUGGUACAAUAAAGUUCUGGAAUGUUUCUGGUUUACUUUUUAAUCUUAUUUAUACAAUAUCUACUGCAAAACUUUUUCAUAACGAUGAUGGGGAGUUACCUGCAACAGAUGGAGAGGAGGAAUGGCCACCUUUUAAAAAAGUUGGUAACUUUGAUCCCUACUCAGAUGAUCCACGAUUUGUAAUACAAAAGUUGCUUCUUUGUCCAGUAACAAACAUUUUACUUGUUGGUGGAAGUGGUGGUCAGUUUAUUAUUUAUGAGUUAAAAACUGAUUCUAAUCACAGUGAUACUAGCAAUCUUUCUCAAUGGGGAAAAAUAGAUGAUAUAUCAAUUAUUCAAAAUUUAGAAGGCUUUGAGUGGAAAGGUUUAGGUCCUCUUUCAUUAAGUUCAAGUGCAGUUAACACACAUUUUGGCCCUAUUCCGAAGAAAAUAAUUCAACUAAAGCCUGCUGCACCAGUUACUUCACUUGCUAUGGAUACUUCUUCAGGAUUAGUUGCAGUUGGAACUUGUCAUGGUUUUUUGGUAUUUGAUAUAAUUGCAGACAUUGUUGUCAUGGCAAAGUGCACUGUCAAUCCUACAGAUUUGGCAAAUACAGGAGCUGGAAUUCAAAGAAAACGUACCUUAACUAAGUCAUUGCGUGAUUCUUUUAGAAGACUUAAAAGUAGACGUAGUAGUAGAAAAAAACCAGAAGGAGGUGGAGGUGCAACUUCACCAUUGAAAAGCUAUGAAGUUGCUCCUCAAUCCAGGCUUGUAGAUGAAAAUCGAGUUGAUGAGGCUGUUUUAAGUAUGGUUAGAUGCUUAUAUUUUGGUGAAACAUUUCUUGGAGAUGGAGCACACCAUACCUUAACAUUGUGGGCAGGUACAAAUGCUGGUUAUAUAUAUGUUUAUUCAAUAACAGUUCCUGAAAAAUCUCAGCGAACACAAACUUCUAUAAAAGCAGAAGUAGGAAAAGAAUUAAAACUGAAACAUCAUGCUCCGGUAAUGAAUAUAUUUGUUAUUGACAAGAAUGGUGUUCCUCUAUUAUCAUCUGCUGAAUCUGAUGCAGGACGAAAAGCGCCAAUCGAUAUGAGUGGUGGACAUUCUGUAGUUAUUUCAUCUGAAGAACAGUUAAAAGUUUUUUCUUUACCUGGGUUACGACAGAAAAACAAAGAAAAAAUUACUGCUGUAGAUGGAUCGAGAGUUAGAAAACUCGGAAUAAUUGAAGUUAAAGGAAAAACAGCAGAUCAAUCUGAAGAAAUCACACAUCACUGUCUUCUUUGUUCAACAAAUCAAGGUGAUAUCACUGUUUAUAGUGUUCCUCAAUUAAAACAACAGAUAAGAGUGAAAGCUAUGAAGAAGGAAGAUAUAAGUGCCAUAUCAUCAUUGUUGUUAACACACUAUGGAGAAGGAUUUUUUUUGAAGUCGCCAUCUGAGUUACAACGAAUAACACUAGUAGAAUCUACAACACACAAAAGUGGCACACUAAUAAAAAUAGCAGUUGGAGCUCGCCCCAAUGAACAUAAGAAAGAAAAAAAAGAAUCUCUUAUAUCUCCAAAAUCUACAGGAAGCAGAAAAUCGCGGUGAAGGCUGCAGCAAUAAAAAUCAAAAAUUGAUUAGGAAACUUGGUUAUUUAAAAUUAGACCUGUUAAAUGUCGUAUUAGGACAAUAUCUAAGCAGUUUUCAGUAAUGAUCUGCCAAUCUUUACGCAAUUUGUGUCUUCCACAAAUUUUUAAAAAUUUUAUUCGCGGUUAACAUAUGCAUUUUGCUUAGAUAUUAGGAAAUGGAAAAUUUUAAAUUUCGUUUUUAUCAUUGUUAAAAUAAUAAAUAUAUUUAUCUUAAUAGUUCAUAUAUUUAAAUAACAAACCUGUUUCGCUAAAAAUACUUUAAAGUGUGAAUUUUGUAUUUUUGAGGACAAGAAACAGCUCAAUAACUUUUAUCUAAAAUUGUCUAUAUUUUAUUUUCAUGUAUAUAUGUUUUUAAAGCCCGAUUUUUUUUUUUUAAAAAAAGCUUUUUUUUUUUAGGCGAGUUUUUUUAGUUUGAAUUUUUUUAAUUGGGCAAACGCAUUAUUGCAUAAAAAAUAAGAAUUUUAGAGGUUCUACAAACCUGUUUCUAAAAUAAGUUUUUCUUAAAUUGUUGCCUUUUAAGUUUGGAGUAUAACAUUUUAUUUUAAAACGG